UUUUCGGCAGACCUCACCGCCGAGCGAUUACAGUAGAAGCUUCAUCAUGGCUGGAUCAAACAACUUGCUUUUUCUCACCUGUCUUCUGCUGGCAAUAGUUUGCCUUGCACACUCCCAGUCACUCUAUCGUAGGGUCGCCAAACGCUAUCCUUCUGCACACAGAACACGGGAAGUGGCUCAAAAUGUAGCUGGAGAAGUAGAUGACAUCGGCAGCAUGGUAGACUCAAUGCGCAAAGAUCUUCUGCUUCUUGAACAACGAAUUGUGAGUCUUGAAACCAAUGACCACAACCAUGGCCAGCGUUUAGAGACUAUUGAGGUGAUGUUAAACGUUCCGAGUGACUCUGAUGAGCAAGCUGGUGAUGAACAGCCACAUGAUGCUGACGACACUACUGACACAUCACACGAAUCUCAAUCGGGGACAGAAAGUGAGGCUGGACAAUCAUCUUCAAACAUUGCGUCAAAUGGUGACAAUACCCAGAAUGGAAACGGACAAGAAAACAACAUUCAGGCACAAAACUCGGAUGCAGACAUACGUGCCGGUGUGGUUGACUUGUUAGAACACGCCGAAGCCGCCAUUGCAGAAGCAGCAGAUAUUCUCGGUGGCGAACAAAAUGACCAUCAGAAACCAGAGACUGAAGACGCCGGAAAAAGCUCCACGGCCGACGGUGAUGAAGCCGAGGGUGACGCCGAGGGUGACGCCGAGGGUGACGCCGAGGGUGGCAAUGGUGACGUUGAGGGUGACGACGCCGAGGCUGGCAACGGUGACGCCGAGGCUGGCAACGGUGACGCCGAGGCUGGCAACGGUGACGCCGAGGCUGGCAACGGUGACGCCGAGGCUGGCAACGGUGACGCCGAGGCUGGCAUUGGUGACGCCGAGGAGGGUACCGAUAAUGAAAUUCCCACCGUGACUUACAAGACUCCUGAUCAUAGUAACGUCAUGGCUGGAAGUGAUGAGAAGGUACAACCUACUGCCGGUGAUGUCGAAAUCCACAAUGAAAAUCCAACAAGUGAGGAGGAGGUGAACCCCGCCCAGAAUGAAGUAUUGGGUGGUGGGAGUGAUGAUGAGGAAGAUAAAGACGGGGAGGAAGAUCAGGACCAAGAGGGGAGUGAGAACACAGAGAGUGGUUCUAAGUCCGAGGAAGAUGACGACAGCAAAGAUGGAGACGUUGAUAAAAGAUACCGUGUUGAUACCCCGCAGCGACAGGCAAGACCCCAAAACCGGUCUUUUCGUUUCCAUCGCCGCUUUUUACCUUACAAUAGGCGUGUCAGCAUUCAUCGCGGUAACUAG